UUUUUUUUUUGCUUAUAUGAGUUAUGAUGCGUAGGCCUUAGUUGGAACAAAGGGACUUUUGGUGGAAUUUGUACUAUUCUGAUUGUUGUGCUUCUGUCAUGAUUUUGUUUUUCUGUGGAAUUUAUAGGAAUUUUGAUUGUUGUGCGAUGAAGAAAGAAAAGUAAUUGUUUUUGUUGGGGAUUGUGUUUUCUGUGCUUGAGGUCACAAUCCAUUUGUUUGCUUGCAGUUGUUCUGCUGUGAAUAGUUGCCUUGCAAUUGUUUAAUUGUGACUGCUGCUUGGUCUGUUAGGUGUCUGAUUAUUGUUACUUUGCCCUGGUUUUGUUCUUUGUUAAAUAAAAUAAUGUAUGCAAUGUGUAAGUAUGGAUAGUGUUUGAUUGAUAGGAUCGGUGUACUUUCCAGCUUUGAUGGCUUCAUUAACCUUACCUUCGUUUCUUGAUGCAUUUAGUGUAAUUGAUCCUCUAUUCAGGAAUUUAUCUUUGUUGAUGGAUUGUGUGAGUGGCAGCAGCUUUUGUCACCUCCAUAUGCGAUUUCUGUGUUAGUUUGGCUUUCUUUGGACCUGAGAUGAUAGAGCACUUUGUGGAAAAUUCUAGUUUAAUCUUAGGUAGCUACAGUUUCAGGAUAUGUGUUGCCAACUUAUCUUGAACUCGUACAUGAUUUAUUCACAUUGCUUAAAUAACAAUGGAUGCCUAAGGUGAAAAGUGUGUCAACUGGAAUUGAUGGUUAAUUUUGUGAACAUCUGGCAAGAUAGAGAUUAGGAAUUCUCAAGUAGGGCAGUUACCGAUGUUAUCAGAACAGCUGGUGGUUCAGCAAAAAUUUGCGUGGCUUGUUGGUUGUCAAAUUUACUCUGCAAUCAUGACUGCGAUUUCAGUGUAUGCUGUCCAUGGUGUCUUUCGAUAGUAUGUAAGCUGCAGUUUUAAAUCGAACUUCCAGGGAGGUAUUGAGUAUAUGGAAUUGUAAGACUGUCCAGAAACCUUAUAUAAAUGAUAAACAAUAGACAAGUCACAAAGAUUUUGAAGAUCUAAUACUGUUUUAAAUGAAAAUAUAUCAAAACAAUCUUUACAUGGAAUAACUUGGUGCAGAGGAUUGUUAUAUUUUUCAUCUGUUCCUUUUCUGUUACGAAAUUUUGAGGCAUAAACAUUAGCAUUUCUACAUACGUAUUCAAUCAAUCUGAAGUAGCAAAAUUGGGAACUUGAAUCAAACGGAAGCAGCAGUCAUCAGAAGUGCCCUUUCCUUUGGACAUCCAUGUCAAUCUUCUGUUCAGUUUGUUCAUCACUCUGUGUCCUUUUUCCUAUUUUUUGUUCAACUUGCUGGUAACCUGGUAACCAUAGAGGCUACUGGUACUAGCAGUUAUUGCCUUCCUUUAAUAGGCAGCAUUUGGAUUGGGAGUUUGGAGUGCUUUCCAAGACUUGGCAUGUUAAUUCCUUCUGCUAUGCUUUGUCAUCCAACCGAUUUAAUCUUAGGUUUCUGAAGGAGAUCAUUCAUAUGUGGUUGUAACUCUCCUUAACAGAUGGUAUUGACUGCAUACAAUUUUAUUUAUUACACGAGCACCGGAAGUUGGACCACGAAAAGAUAGAUAUUAAGGCACAAGAUGCUUUUUAUAUGUAUUUCAAAACUUGUAGUCAUCCUAAAAUAUUAGGCAUGUCCACUGAUGAGGUCUUGGUUAGCAAAGAUAAACUUCAGGUUGAAAAGGAAGAAACAAGUAAAAAGUAAGGAAAAAAAAGAAUAAGAUAAAGAAAAGGCAAAAGAUGAGCCGGAGAGUAUGGACCAGUUGGACAUUGUUACACAACUGAUAACACUUUCCUUUCAGACAAUGAGGCUUCCAAGUAACACGCAGUUAGGACUUACAAAAUUCUUGGUCAGGGUAAGUUUCCCUUGUUGAAGACUACAUGGUGCAGAAUCUCAGACAGAGGUAGGGUUGUUCUCGAUGGACAGCAAAAUAAUUCAUCUCUGCAGUUUCUCGCACUUUUCCCCUAAUGUUUUUCUCUGUGGGACGGGUUUGAUGCUUUGUCCAUUGCUUUUACCUUAGGUUGGACUACCCUUCGUCAGUAUCUCUUUAAAUGGAGGACUUCUCCAAGAAUGAAGUGAUCAUGCAAUCAUUAUUAUGUACUGCUGGACGCUUUGCAGCUACGCAAUGCUUCAUGAUAGUUCUAGAUUGGGUUCCUUGUGGACCCACUUGUGGAUUCUUGUAGAUCAACUUGUUUUGAUGAAUUCUCACGGUGGAGUUUGCUGAUUGGAGCUGUUCAACCUUAGUUGGAAUUUGUAGUUGCUGGUUUCAAUUGAUAUUCUACAAUGUGCGAGAAAGCAACAUUGUCUGAGGUGUUUUGCCCAUUUGGAGGGGCAAGUAGACAUGCCUUUGUAGGUUUUAGGACUUUUUCCUUAACUAUUUCCUGGAUGCAGGGCUUGUAGUAGUUAAGUUCAUACAUAAGGCUCAAUGGGAGGCAUAGUGAUUGAACAUUCAGGGACUCCAUGUUCUGAGACAAUAAACAUGCACAACGUAAUAUUUAUGAGUGAUGCUGACGUGGUUCAGAAUUUCCAUGAGGGCUACUUGCCUGAGGAUGGAACACGUGAAGAAAAAUCCUAUUCUACAGAAGCCCUUGACAGAGGAUACUUGGAAUAUGGCUGUUCUCACUAUCGGCGUAGAUGUCGCAUUAGAGCCCCUUGCUGCAAUGAAAUAUUCGUCUGCAGGCAUUGUCAUAACGAAGCUAAGAACAAUAUCAACAUUGACCAGAAACUUCGACAUGAGAUUCCUCGUCACAAGGUGGAAAGGGUUAUAUGCUCGCUUUGUGAUACUGAGCAAGAGGUUCGGCAAGUUUGCAUCAGUUGUGGCGUGUGCAUGGGGAAGUAUUUCUGUGAAACCUGUAAGCUAUUUGAUGAUGAUAUAUCCAAGAGACAGUAUCACUGCAAUGGUUGUGGCAUUUGCAGGAUUGGUGGGAUGGAGAACUUCUUCCACUGUUCCAAAUGCAGAUGUUGCUAUUCAGUUUUGUUGAAGAAAAGCCACCCUUGUGUAGAGGGAGCAAUGCAUCAUGACUGUCCUGUUUGUUUUGAGUAUCUGUUUGAGUCGGUAAACGAUGUAACAGUCAUGCCCUGUGGACACACUAUUCACCAGAACUGUUUGAAGGAGAUGCAGGAACACUACCAAUAUGCUUGUCCUCUAUGCUCUAAGUCGGUAUGUAAUAUGUCAAAGGUGUGGGAGAAAUUUGACAUGGAGAUUGCCGCAGCACCAAUGCCUGAAUCUUAUCAAGACAAGAAGGUUUGGAUUCUUUGUAAUGAUUGUGGAAUUACCUCAGAAGUGCAAUUUCAUUUUGUGGCCCAGAAAUGUCCAUGUUGCAAAUCUUAUAACACCCGCCAAACAAGAGGCAGAUAGGAGGACCAAAUAUCAAUAGUCUGGCUGUGAUGUGAAAAUGAUUGCCGCCCAAUGUGGUUAGAAUGCUAUAUUCUGAGUGGGAAGUGAUUGGGCUUUUCAAAGCUGGCUCUUGCAGAAGAAACGAAGGAAAGAGGGGGUUCCAACAUGAUCCUGCUUGUAGCGCUUCUGGGGUUCUCGUACUUUUGCAUUUCCUCAAAAAAUUUCUGUUGUUCCUUGUGGUAGGUGUGGCAUCCACUACAAUUCUAAAUUCCUGCGUGAAGUAUCCAGUGUAUAUCAGAAGACACUGACUAAUUGUUCAGUGUUACCAAACUAGUGUUGGCAGCAUAUGUUUACCUUUAGCUUUAUUCAAUCAUUUCUACCAGAGUCCACAGCGAGUAAAAUGUGGCUGAGACCUGAUGCGUUGUGUCUGUGUGAUACCGUAAACUACAGAUCAAGAUAAAUGCAUUAGUUCAAAGUAUCAUUCUUUGCAGAAGGUACUUAAGACUUCGCUUGUUUCUUUUUUUAUUUUAUCACGUCAAAUCUAGUCAGAUUCUGCCGUCGGGUAUCGGUUUAUACUGGACUGGCUUAAUUUUGCAGUUCUUGGAUUUCCUUUUACUGGA